UUGGCCUGCAAACAAGGGAACGAGGAGUGAAGAAUCCGCGUGCCGGCGCUUGAUCGGAAGCCGUCGGAUGCUGAUCGGACGGGCGAGAUCUCGGCGAUCGUUAUGACAGCGACUCCCUGACAGCAGCACGAAGAACGUCUGUUGGGAAGUGAGUCUCCGAGAAGUUUAUUUCAGUGCUCUGUUUCAUGUCCUGUUCCUGCUAUGUGCUUCAUGCCAAAGUUUUGCUUAUGGGUUCGAGGCAAACAAGACAGCGCUUCUUCUUGUAGAUGCUUCACCAGAAUUGGGACGUCAAAUGCCUGAGAACAUGUUUGGUAUCUUUUUUGAGGAGAUCAACCAUGCUGGAGCCGGUGGAUUAUGGGCAGAGCUUGUAAGUAAUAGAGGUUUUGAAGCUGGAGGUCCUAACACUCCUUCAAACAUUGAUCCGUGGUCCAUUAUUGGGAAUGAAUCAUACAUAAUUGUAUCAACUGAUCGGACAUCUUGUUUCAACCGUAAUAAGGUUGCACUUCGAAUGGAAGUACUUUGUGAUGAUGGAGGAUCCAAUAUCUGUCCAACUGGAGGUGUUGGUAUAUACAACCCUGGUUACUGCGGCAUGAAUAUUGAACAAGGGAAGACCUAUAAAGUGGUCCUGCAUGUUAGGUCAUGGGAAUCAAUAAAUUUAUCAGUUUCACUAGCAAGCUCAGAUGGAUUGCAAAGCCUGGCUGCUGCACCCAUUAUAGCUGAUACCUUGGAUAUAUUGAGAUGGACCAAGUUUGAGCUUCUAUUGGAAUCUGCUGAAACUAAUGUUAAUUCAAGACUUCAAUUAACAACUAUGAAGCAAGGUGUUAUUUGGUUGGAUCAAGUUUCAGUUAUGCCUCUAGACACAUACAUGAUUUAUACCUCAGCAUACGGCAUGUUUUCCAGGGCUCAUCAAUUUGACCGCACACCCCGAAGUGGCCCCAAGGCUUUUGUUAGUGAGUAUGCUGUGACUGAUAAAGAUGCUGGUAAAGGAAGCCUCUUGGCAGCAUUAGCAGAAGCUGGCUUUCUUACUGGGUUGGAAAGAAACAGUGAUGUUGUUGAGAUGGCAAGCUAUGCACUGCUUUUUGUCAAUGCCAAUGAUCGCAGGUGGAACCCAGAUGCCAUCGUCUUCAACUCAUGGCAGCAGUAUGGAACUCCUAGUUACUGGAUGCAACAAUUCUUUAAGGAAUCGAGUGGUGCUAAUCUUCAUCCUUCCACCAUUCAAGCUAGUUCCUCCAAUUCUUUGAUUGCAUCUGCAAUUACUUGGCAGAAUUCAGAAGAUGAUAGCAGUUGCCUCAAAAUAAAGGUUGUCAAUUUUGGGAAUGACAUUGUGAAUCUUAAAAUCUUUGUGACUGGAUUACAGAAUGAUGUCAACUCAUUUGGAUCAAAAAAGACUCUACUUACAUCCAGUAGAUUGACAGAUGAGAAUUCCUUCCAAGAACCCAAUAAGGUUGUUCCAGUGCAGAGUAUGCUCCCAAAUGCAGGAACAGAUAUGGAUGUUGUGAUCUUCCCACAUUCUAUCACUUCAUGUGAUUUGUUACUUGCUCCAGAAGUUUAUAGAUCUGUAAUUUAAAUAAUUAAAUAUAGGAAGGGAAAAAAUGCAGGUGGCUUUACCAAUAUUCAUUUGAAAAAAAAAUAAGGGAAAAAGUGUGCAGGAAAAGAACCAUGAAAUAGCAGAAAGUAAUAAGGCAAAGUCUGAUUUUAAAAAAUUAUACUUCUUUGCCA